AUGCCACCACGAAGAGUUGGCAGACUACGAGGCCGAGGACGUGGAAGGGACCGAGGACAAGCCCAAAACAACCUUCCGGUUUAUGAUGAGGAAGUACGAGAGGAAUGGGAUGAAGUAACACCACCUCCAUCGCCAAUUCCACCCCCGCCACCACCACAACCACAGGAUCGUCGGAUUGAGGAAAUGUUUCUGAGACAGAACCCACCAACGUUUAACGGGUUGGGAGACCCAAUGGUGACAGAAACAUGGAUCCGUGCACUGGAACGUGUCUUUAACUUCUUACACUGCACGGACCAGGAGCGGUUGUCCUGCGUGACUUUCCAAUUAACUGGACCCGCAGAUUUCUGGUGGGAAGCAAAGAAAAAGACUAUGGGUCCAAUGCAUGUAGAGGAAAUGACUUGGGAAGAAUUUAAAACUGAGAUCUAUGAGAAGUAUAUUCCCAAGAGCUACAGGAAGAAAAAGGAGGUUGAAUUCUAUCAUCUGAAGCAAGGACGAAUGUCGGUGACAGACUAUGACCGAAUGUUCUGUGAAAUGGCACGGUACGCCCCAGAUCAGGUAGAUACCGAUGCCAAGAUGGCUGAGAAAUUCUGUACUGGCUUGAGACAUGAGAUACGCAUGACGCUGGCUAGCCACGAAGGACUGUUCUACACUGAGGCUCUGGGACGAGCACUGGACAUCGAGGCAGCCAUGCCAGGGGAAAAGACUGCCCCAGCCGUGAACCCUACUCAGUCCCAACCAUCUAGGGACAAGAGAAAGUGGGAAGGACCACAGGCUCAACCUGAUUUAAAAAAAAGAGGGGGAUAUGGACCAAGCAGGCCACAAUAUGGCGGGUACCAGACUACCCCUGGACCUUACAAGGGGAACCCGUCAAAAACCAGUCCGUGUCCUAGAUGCAACAGGCUGCAUGGCGGCAUCUACAAGGCAGGGGCUGAUACCUGCUUCAAUUGCGGAGGAGCUGGACACUUUGCUAAGAACUGUCCAAGCAAGAACUCAGGGACGGGAGCAAGAUCUAACCCGUCAACUCAGCGCCCGCAACUGCGCGCAAUGAAUGUCCAGGAUGGAUCAAAUUCACAGCGGAUACCAAGGAAUCAGCAGCAGAGGCCAAAACUCCCAACACAGGCUCGAGCUUAUGCAAUGAGGCAGAAGCAGCCCGAGCUGAACCAGGGAAAUUUGGCAGGCAUGGGUAAGCUUUUCAACACACCCGUUAUGCUUCUGUUUGAUACUGGUGCUUCACAUUCUUUUAUAUCUGCUCAUUGUGUAACUACUCUGAAACUCGAUACAAAAGAAUCUGAACAUAGGAUGGAAGUAGUUUCCCCAGUAGGAGGGCGGAUAGAAAUAUCUCGCACUUGCUCGAACUUAGAAAUCACUCUGGGCGAACUUAAGGUUGUAGCAGACAACCUUAGUGUUAUGAUUAUGUGGGAUGUAGACAUAAUCCUAGGAAUGGUCUGGCUGGCUAAAAACCAGGCCACCAUCUUAUGCAAGGAAAGGCAAAUUUCCUUUAGAAACCCCGAAGGAGAAACCACUCGUUUACACGGAAUCUCCAUGGGAACCCAAAAGUCUGUAGUAUCAAUGCUGCAAGCCAGCAAGUUGAUAAAGAAGGGAAGCCCGGCAUACCUUGUUUACUUGAACAAAGAAGAGAAAGAGGAGAGGAAAUUGGAAGAAGUCGAGAUCGCUCGUGAAUUCCCGGACGUUUUCCCUGACACUCUACCUGGCCUACCGCCAGACAGACAAGUGGAAUUCACGAUAGAUCUAGAACCAGGAUCCGCCCCGGUGUCGAAAGCACCAUAUCGAAUGGCUCCAAAGGAACUGGAUGAACUUAAGGUGCAGUUGCAAGAACUCCUGGACCUGGGAUUCAUCAGACCCAGCGUCUCACCAUGGGGAGCACCUGUACUGUUCGUGAAGAAGAAAAACGGGACCAUGAGGAUGUGUGUAGAUUACCGAGAGCUUAAUAAGUUGACUCUCAAGAACAAGUACCCGUUACCCAGGAUCGAUGAUCUGUUUGAUCAGCUCAAGGGAGCCAGUGUGUUAUCCAAAAUGGACCUGAAGUCAGGAUAUCACCAACUGAAAAUUAAGCCAGAGGAUGUGCCCAAGACGGUCUUCCGAACUAGAUACGGUCACUAUGAAUUUACUGUGGUGCCAUUUGGACUAACGAAUGCACCAGCAAUAUUCAUGGAUUUUAUGAACCGCGUCUUCCAUCCAUAUCUAGACAAGUUUGUCCUAGUCUUUAUCGACGAUGUGUUGAUAUACUCUAAAAACAAAAAGGAACAUGAGGAACACCUGCGGCUUGCCCUAGAAACACUACGGGCAGAAAAGCUGUACGCCAAAUUCAGUAAGUGCGAAUUUUGGCUCAAGGAGGUGAAUUUUCUCGGACAUAUUGUGACAGCAGAAGGAAUCCGAGUGGAUCAUGCUAAAGUGGAAGCAGUACGGAAUUGGAAGGCGCCGACAACGCCUAAUGAGAUCCGAAGUUUCCUCGGACUAGCUGGCAACUACAGAAGGUUUAUUGAAGGAUUAUAA